AGGCCUUGAUAAAGCUGAACAAAGACCAUACUCGGGUUGGAAAACAAAUGGCUUUGCCUCAGGUGGUUCUCCGGAGAAUGAGUAAGUUUUUGCCGUUCAAAAAUUGGUAUUUAUCUGGUCCCAAUAAGAUUUUUUUUGGAUAUGAUCGUGAUUUCCGUAUUAUUCCGACCAAGUCGCGAUCUUCUGUCAUACUGUCAGUUGUUGUCAAUGAACGCUUAAAACGAUGAAGUGAAGUGACGAUAGACAACUUGCGUUUCUUUCUAAGUGAUGCCUGAGGCUUUAUUUGGUUAUCCAAGCUUUGAACCCGAGGGUAAAAAUUUUGUCUCGAAUUCGAACCGUUAACUUCGUUUGUUAUUAUUUAACAGAAUUAAUUUUCACAAGCUAUAACAAUUCAACUUCUUAAACUAAAGUAAUUUAUGAGAUGCUUGAUCACAAUAUCCAUAGUCAUUUGACUUUUAGAAUAUGAGUGGAAUUUAUUUUAGUUGUUUCAUUUGUGUUUUCCUUUAGAUACAUGUUAAUUUUUUUUUGUUCCUUUGCUUUCCAAGUGAUGUUUGUUUGCUAGAUGAGGGUGUGAGUCAAAGUUGUAGGCAAGCUUCACCACCUUCCAAGGAACCUGAGAAAUGUCUGACAGAUGGACACAGAAAUCCUAAGGUGUGGUUUUUCUCUAUUUUACACUUCUUGGGUCAGUUAUUGAAACAAGGUCUGUUAUUGGAAUGUGGUUUUUGACGAUCAGUAGACAUUGAAAGUUCCUCAUAGGUGGGAUUUUUUUAAGUAGUUAGAUCUUUCUUUUAGUGCUAAAAAGAAGCCCUUUCGACAGUUUUGCGAAAACUUAAUGUUUAGGUGAUAUUUUCUGCUUGAUUUAAGAUUGUUUAGAGCUCAGUUUGGGUUAACUAGAGUUGAACUUUGUUAAACAUACAUGUAGCUCUCAGUUGGUAAAUUUACAUGCACAUGUACCUCUCCCAAUAGAUAAUAGAUGCCAUAAUCAAAACUAUUGGAAAAUUCUCACUGGCUUAUCACCAGCCCAAUUUUAGCACUAAUAGGAUAGUGUACAUGUCAUGUUUUUUAUUGGACAGUGUAUUAGGACAGUUGACAGGUCAUGCCAGUGUAAGUGGAGAGCAUGUGGCAUAUGGGCAGGCUGUUGUCAUGCAUUUUGCACUAACUGUUUUUUUUUUUUAAUGAAAUUGUGAAACUGUUGUCUAGUUUCUCUCUCAAAUUGUGUCAUAGUUUUGAUCAACUGGUAACAGGAAUUUGUGUUGUCCAAUUCUGUCUGUAAUCAUACUCCUGAUCAACCAAUCAGACUCCUGCUCUGCAGUCAUCACUUGUAUGAUUACAGAUUGAAUUGGACUCCACUCAGUUCUAUUGCCAUCAAUAAUCAAAAGAAGUAAUGUGUCAAUGUUAUUUCACCAAUGUAUAUGAAUUGUAUGGGUAAGAUGUUUGCAUACAUGUACAUGUAGCUCAAUACUUCAUUAUGCAUACUAUUCUUGGAUAAAGAAAAACAAUGUAUUGCCUUUGGGUUUGCAUCUCUGUUUUACAGUAGUAUAGGCUGUGUUGAAAUCUGACCAUUGUAUGAUAAUGCAAGAACAUCAAAAGAUGUAAUUUUGCUUGUAAUAAAACUUUUGACUGCCAGCCCAGGUACAGGCUUGGCAUCCAGCAACCAUAUUAGAUUUUUCAAAAUAGAUCAUAAAGACUUGUUUUAAUUGUCAGUAUUUAUUUACACAUUGAACUUGGAGUGUAACAUUGAUUUGUGAUAAAAAAAAACUCAAACGUCUCUGUUCAGUGGCUUUACUAGUACUUCCCAGGUUUUCUUCAUGAAUUUACUCUGCAAGGAACUCUUGAACUAUUAAAUUAAAGAGAACAAAGGCUUUCAUAAGAUGUAUACAAUGUUCUUGGUUGGCUAGGCUCACAUAUUAGGACAUAUAUACAUGUAUAUGUCCUUGGCAUUCAAAGGGUCUUUGCACUUGUCUUAGUGAAAUGAUCAAUCUCUUUCUUUCUAUUAUUGGCUGGUCUACAAUUAUACACAUGGAUUCAGAGCACUUUCUAACAUUUCAGAUUGUUUCAAACAAAGGUUGUUUAUUAUGCUUUUUUGUUUACAAUUCCCCAACUUGUGUUUUGGCUUGGGCAUCAUUCAGUUUUUUUGUCAGUCUUGAUUACUUCAGUUGGUGAUAACACUGUCUGCAGUGUUAAGAAACUGCAAAAUUAUCAGGAUAAGGGCCUUUCCACACUAGGCCAAACUAGAAUUGUCGCAAUAAAAUAAAAGGACAAAUUUUUGUUUGGUUUGUUGCAUCUGCAUUAAAAAUUUCAAAGCUGUUAAAUUCUGUCAGUGCUUGAUCUGUUUGUAAGACUGGUCGGCACAGUUUGCGAAAGGAUACCACCACUAAUUUACAGUAAUUUUAAAAUUUUAGAAUCCCUGAGUUCUGCAACAAAAGACAAUUUUUGCCUCUAUAGUAAACUGAUUUCAGUUCAAGUACAUGUUUGUCAUAGCUUUUAGGACUAAUGAUCAACAAGUUUAACACAGUUUUGUUUAUUUAAUCAAUUUUGUUCUGUAAUUAUAAUGGGACAAAUGUCAGGGGUGCAUUAUUUUGAAGAUUUGUCUGCUUUAGCCAAAAUUUGUCAAGCAACAAACAAUCCGCACUUGUAAAGAGUUGGUGAUGACAGAAAAUUUGUCUUAAUAAACAACCUUGUUGUUAGUGCAUAAAGGCCCUUAUUAGGGUCAUUUGAAGUCUACAUUACAUUUAACUGACAAUUUUUUUCUACUGUUAGGACUUUGAUGCUAAAAAAUCAUCAUUUAAAAUUCCCAAGAAAGCCAAACCCCAGACAUGGAUUGAAUCAUCAUUCUCUUCAAAAGACAACAUGUUAAUUGAAAGCCCUCAAACAAGACUGAAAAAGCAAGCAAAUAAUCCAAGCACUCCUAAGAAAAGGAAUUUUGAGAAAGAAAUUGGAUAUCGCAUUCAUCGUCAAGGGCAUAUGACUCCAAAAACUCGAGGAAGUGAAGAAGUUGCCACUCCUAGGUCACGAUGGAAACAUACAAGCCCUCCUGGUUGGCGAGAUAAACCAACAUGUACUAGGAAUGAUCUCUCUUCUCAAGGUUUGUAACAUUGUGACAUUUGUGACACUGUUAAGGUUAUGAGUCACAUUUAGUAGAUAAGGUUGAACUUCAAAGAGAAGCCUGUCGCUAUGUCUAAGUUGGUGAUUGCUGAUAAUACUUGGAUUUCCAUUUUGAAAUGAAAAAUUUGUAUGUCUAUUGUACUUGUAUCUGUAUAAUAACAAAAAAUUCUUAAAUUGCAGUUUCAAAUGCUCACAACGAUGGAAAAUGCAAUGGUUCUGAUCCAGAAGUCCUUACAAGAGCUAAUAUGCAAAAGGAAUGUAGCUCUCUUGUGGAAGAGCAAAAACAUAGUCAUUCAAUUUUGGAUUCCCUCAUGGGCAGUCAGUGCAAGGGCAACCAAUCCAGUACUAACUCUAAUGGUGAAGUUUCAAUUAGUAAUGACACUGACUCAGACAACAAUUUAAGGAAAAAAACAAAACUGGACAAAAGUGCAAAUUUAACAAAUGAUCUGCUCUCUGAUGAAAAUUAUGAAGAUUGCUUUAAAGAUUACUUUUGUGCAAAAUGCUCCACUAAGUUGUCACAGAACAGAAAUUGCUCACAUUGCAGCAAAGACAAUUUCCCUUCACAAGCAGCCACCCCAAGGAAACCUCUUUCACCGGACAGAUUUUAUAAUGUAUAUGACAGCAAACAUCCAAACGUUCAGCGGACAUAUGGUCGGCAACGGAGAGAUGGAACUCCUAAAUUACUGCAGAAGGGAUCAGUGAGAACAGUGACAUCUGCAAAGGAAUCAAGUAAUGAAGAAUGCCAAACAAAUGUGACUGCAAAGAAGAGAAAGAAUCAGCCGAAAGUAGGUUUGAUUUAUAAAUGUACUACAUAUGUAAGAAGAACAGUAUGAAGAACAUGCAUACUGAUCUUAGAGUGUUAAGGUUUAAGGAAUGCAUAGUGAGGCUGGGAUAUUGCCAUCUUUUGUGCAUGAAUACACUGAAAGUUAACAAAUCAAAUGUUCUUUUUCUUUUUCACGACAAUGAAGUUAAGCAGCGAAGACUCCGAUUCAGGUACAGUAGAGUGUACAUGUAUUGUCAUAUUUCAUUUGAUUUUAGCUCAGUUUUUUUGUAAAUUUGAGCUUUGGUGUCUUUUUGUAUCUUAUCUCUAUAAUGCAAAAAUCAAUUCAAUUGUGAACCAACUUUUAAUUCCCAGAAAUUUAAAAAAACUUGAUUAGCAAAUGGUUAUGGGUAAAAUGCCAUGAUCCUGAUGCUUUGAUUUUUUCAAUAUUUUCAUUGUGGUUUACUCGAUUUCAAAGAAUCAAAAGUACAAGCCAAGAGGAAGCGAAAUACAAGGCAAUCGAAGGUCAUUGCUCCAAAAAAAGGUUGGUGACAUUCUCUAUGUUGAAAAUUGUAUAUAUGAUGCACCACAAUCAAUUAGAUGAUUUAAUGAUAUCAUAAUUAUUGUUGGUUACAUUUUGUUUUUAGACUUUAAAUGAUCAGCAAUUCAUUUGUGGAUUCAUUUCCAUUUGAGCAAAAAAAACAAAAACAAAAACAAACAAAAAAAUCUGGCUAAAAAGUCACUGGCAAUAAACUUGUACUAUUCAACUUUUUAUUUACUCCAUUACUUUUAAAUGAUUUCGAGAGAACAAGUCUCAGUUGGUCAAAUUGUCUGAAAAAUACUUGAUCUGUAACACUACAUGUAUAUCUCAUAAAGGAUAUGGAAUGAUGUACCUGUAGUGGUUAGUUUUCCUAAUCACUAACAUUUUUUAUGAACCUGUUUAUUGUAGUGGAUGUCAUAACAUUAUCAGAUGAAGAAGAGGUUAUAGGUGGGUUGUGUGCAUAAUCCUAUUAACCUUUUAACUCCCAGAUUAGAUUUGUAAUUCUCCUUACUGUCAACCAUACAGUUCUUAUAAUGUUAGUUCAGAGAAUUUAGUAUUGGAUUAACUUAUUAUCCCCAAAUAUAUAUAUAUUUUUUAUUCUCAUCACUUAUCUGGUUGAUAUUGUAUUGAUUUUGUAAGGAAAAUUCUGUCUUGGUCACUCAUGGGAGUUAAAGGGUUAAUUUUCAUGCAAUUGAUGCACUUAAAGACAGUUUACCAAUUUUUGUCAUGGUAGCUCAGAGAACCUUUAAAAUUUUGUACUAGUUGUAGAAGAAAAAAACUGAACUACACUGUACUCAAUUAUCCUUCUUACUUUCUCUUCACCCUGCAGAAACAGAAGCAAAGCUUGUUGUAGAGCAAUCUGAUAUUUCUCUAAAGGAACUUAGCAGCUCUAGUGAUACUGUUGUCUCAGAGUCACCCAUCAAUCAGGAUAAAGAAAUUGCUUUAGAGUCAGGUUACAUGAGCACUAGUGUUUGUUCAGACACAUCUAGCAAAGGAAAAACAUCACCAGAGGUAAUUUUUUUUCUUUUGAAGAGAAUUACUCACUCUACCUGGAAAGUUGUGAUCAGUGUAUAAAUUAUAGCUCCUUUGGUGAGAACAUUGUAAGAAGAAAAAGGGGAAAUGUGCUAAGCACUUUUUUAUGACUUAACAGAUGUUUGGUGAAACCAAUAAGGCUGGAUACAGAAGAUUACAUGUUCCACAUAUCAGAUAUGUUUAUUGUCUUUUAGAGGGAGGGAAAUGCCCAGAAGAAAUCUGAAAAUUUUCAGCCCUAUGUCAGAGAUGAUGGUGAAAUAGAGAUAAUGCUGGGACAGAAUGUGUGGAUUGGAACUUUGGCCUGUAAUUCUACUAAACCAUUAAAGGUGAAUUAAAGAAAAUGUUACAAAUAGCUCUUUUUAAAUUACCAGCUUCAUGUAGAUUACAUUAGUGUAAUUAUUAAUUUAUUGCAAUGAUAACUGUAACAAUAUUUCUUGAUAUAAUGAUCUUAGAAUUGUAUUUAUGUACUUUCAGAUUACUCGCUGUGAUGAUGAAAUUUCAUUUGGUAUUGUGAUUGGUGAGUGGUUCAGUUUUUCUGUAGACUUGUGUAAUAAUCAUCUGAUGAUACAGUCAGUUGAAUUUAAAAAAAUUGAAAAGGAUCCAAAGCUGUUUGGUUUUGUAGCUUUUUUUAUACUUUGGGCUUUCAUUUGAAGGUAGGUCCUGCAAACCAGCACCACAAUAAGCAAGUGUCAGCUACCUCUUUGUUUGGCAAAACAAAAUUCGCUACAGGUUUUGUGUUGUUUUUGCAGCUUUUCUGUUAGAGGUAUCUUACUUUUCUCUUGUGAAACUAAUUUUAAGGGAUAGUUUGGGGUGAGCUUUCUACGGUAAGUGGUCAAUUAUGGUAUAAAAUGGUGUAUUUCACUGUUUUUUACAAUACCCUUAUUGUGUGGAACCUGUAUGAAGGGGUCAACCAAUUUCUUCUGUAAGUUUUUGCAUAUUUACUUACUUUCCUGAAUCCACCCGAAACCUUAGUGAUAUAAUAGUCAACCAGUCCAAUUCUGGUUGUAUUAUACAUUCACAUGUACCUGUUCAAAGUUUGAAAGUAAAAAUGAGACUCUUUUUGUAUUCUACUUUUGUUACAGGUGAUAAAAAUCACGAGGUUACCAUUGUUGAGAAUGACUUUUCUUCUUUGAAAGUAAGAACUAUGAUGAACUGUAUUGUUUAUUAAACUGUACUAGAGAGGGGAUAUAAGAGAGCAGGGAUUGUCAGAGAAAGGGGGAUAUUAGAGAGGGGAAAGUAUUAGAGAGGGGGUACUUAUAAGGGAGGGGACAGUCUCAGAGAGGGGGCUUGUUAGAGAGGGGGCAUAUUAGAGCAGGGUUUAUUAGAGAGAAGGGGUUAUUAGAGAGGGGAAAGUAUAAGGGAGUGGAAAGUCUCAGAGAGGUUGCUUGUUAGAGAGGGGGCAUAUUGGAGAGCAGGGUUUAUUAGAGAGAAAGGGUUAUUAGAGAGGGGAAAGUAUUAGAGAGGGGGACAUCUAAGGGAGAGGAAAGUCUUAGAGAGGGGGCAUAUUGGAGAGCAGGGUUUAUUAGAGAGAAAGGGUUAUUAGAGAGGGGAAAGUAUUAGAGAGGGGGACAUGUAAGGGAGAGGAAAGUCUUAGAGAGGGGGCAUAUUGGAGAGCUGGGUUUAUUAGAGAGAAAGGGUUAUUAGAGAGAGGAAAGUAUAAGAGAAUGGGGACAUCUAAGGGAGAGGAAAGUCUUAGAGAGGUGGCUUGUUAGAGAAGGGGCAUAUUGGAGAGCAGGGUUUAUUAGAGAGAAAGGGUUAUUAGAGCAGGGGGACUUAGCAGAGAGGGGAAAGUGUAGAGGGAGGACUUAUAAGAGAGAGGAAAGUAUUAGAGAGGUGGCUCUUUAGAGAGGGGGACAUAUUAGAGAGCAGGGUGUAUUAGAGAGAAGGGGAUAUUAGAAAGGGGGGACUUACAAGAGAGGGGAACAUAUCAGUGAUGUGGCUCUUAAGAGAAGGCAUAGCUGACAGGGCAGUGUUUAAGAGAGGGGGGGAUAUUAGAGAGGGGUUUCUCAUUUUAUAUACAGUAUCUAAAAAUGCAUGGCCAUCGAAUUUCUCAGUUUAGCAUGAUGUUUAUGAAAUUUUUUCUGCAGGUUUAUCCUUCUUCAAACCCAGGUCUGAUUGUGUUGGGAGUAACUGCAGGCUAUGCACUGAAAUUAAGGGAGAGGAUUGAUCACAGCAGAGGAGCUUUCCUUAAUCCAGGAAGUGCCGGUAAGUUUUUUUUUUAACUAUUAAUAAUAUUUCGCUGGACAGGACUAUUAAAAAAGAAGAGAAGGGUCCAAUUCAAUAUUGCCGUUUGCAAUGAGCUGUGCUAUUGUGCCAUAAAUGUUCGUGAAAUAGCACUUCACUUUGCACAAAAGAUUAUAUAGGAACCUUUAAAAGGGACAUCCUAACAAGGAAGUUUUUAUCUUAAACAGUGACAGCUGAAAGGGACAUUGUUCUUGAACUUAGUGAACAUGUGAAGCCAGAGGUGACUGCUGAUUUGGAUGAUUGGGUAUGUGCAAGGUUUCAGUAGCACCCUAAUCCUAGGCGGAGUAGUGGAAGAAUUUUGUGAUUCUUACUUUCAGAUGUGUUACUGAGCAUCAACUUUGUUCGAGAGCUGCGCUAUAGUUUAUUCUUGCUAUUAACUAUUGUAUUUUGUUUUAUUUUAAAGGUGACAGAAAAGUUAUCAAAAGAGUUUUCUCAGUUGAGGUAAGUAUAAAUUUAGACAAAGAAGCAAUCAGGCCUCAAGCCUUUAGAAGCCUUUUGGUAAUUGUUUUAAGUUAAUGAUUACUUUCUGUGCUCAAUUUUAAUUUUUCAGUACUCAAAUUUCACGUCUCUGCACCAUUUCGUAUUAUCAACAUGCCCACAGUCAAUGAGCGUGCUAAAAUGUUUGCGCGUAUAUAUUUUAAGCCCUUGUCCACUUCCUAUUUUGCAGCUUAGAAGAAGCAGAGAGAAUUCGAACAUACAAAACCCAAAGUCAAAAGCAUCAGAAGUGUAAGAUAAUAUCAUCGCUUUCUUUUGCCUCUUUCUCACUCCUCUUUAAGGUUUUCAACCAUAAUUCUGUUGUUGCUAACACAGUUAUCACAACGAUUGUUUAUAGCACCUGUUGCAACCCAUGAUGGAGGCAGUCGAUCUGCUAUUGCUACUCGAUCCAAGACGUACAACACGAGAACAAACAGUGAUAAGAAGCCAGCGGUAGCAGCACAAACGUACAGUAAUUUUAUGAUGUUUAUACAAUUCAUUAUCAUAUCUUACAUUGGAUGCGGUAACAAAAGGACUUAUGCCAUGUUAAAUUACAUAACCUAACUAUCAACUGAAAUGCUAAAUAGAAAGCCUCUAGUUUGGAAAAUUAUGAUAUUUAUCUGUUUUUCGUUGAACUGAGUGUCGAAAGUAAUGCAAGAUUGUUUUGGUUUUACAUCAUUCGGUCUGUGGUUGGUCUACAAAACUUGAGGUAUCCUCUUAACCAAUCAGACACAAAGCUAAAACCGAUCAUGACUUGGUCGCUCACAUUUUCCCGCGUUUUUGAUAGGUUGACUUUUUUUUAACAUAUUUUGAGUUCUCAUUGGCUAAUAAUGAUGUAAACCUUGGGUUUUGGAUUUUCAACACUCAUUUGAAAACUUCUCUAAUGUGUGAUGUGUACUUUGUUGAAAUCUGUUGUCGGUUUUUUUAACAGGCUUAUUGUUUAUCCUCGUCCUCCUCAACCUGGUGGAAUCACAGUCACUACAGAGGACGUCGCUUGCCUUGCACCUGGUGAAUUACUAAAUGAUGUCAUCAUCGACUUCUACCUAAAGUGAGUUUGAUUGAUGGCAGUUACCCGCCCAGAUAUAUUUUAUUGUCUUAAGAGCAACUAUUUUCAGGUUUAGAAAUCCGUAACAGAGUACAUUUUGAGUUAUCGCUGCAAAACUAAACCAAAAGUAAAUAUAACGGCUUAUCCGAAUAACUUUCGUGAAGUUCGGGAAAACAUUUGUGACCUGGUCGCAAUUAGUUUUAGUUUUGCAUCUGAUUGGUUGAGAGGAAAGUCCAUUUGUUUUCAAGGCCAAUCAUAGCGCGAGGUGAAGCACAAAUAACGCAAUCUCGAUUUACUUUCGACACUCAGUUGAAAAUUGCUUUUAUUGUUUAAAUGUAUCUCUGCCUUGUUGUCUUGUACCUUCUCUCAUUUACAGAUAUAUAUUUUUUGAGAAGCUCUCACCCGCUGACAGAGAACGCACACACAUUUUAAGCUCAUUCUUUUACAAGCGAUUGACUCAGAGAAGUACCAGUGGCAGUUCCAACACCUCCACCAGGUUUGUUCGUCAAGAAAUCGACCAAGUUAUAUUUUAAUUGGCCAACUCCCUACUUUUUUAAAAUCAUUUGAAUUUCCAUAUUCUUUUCAAAGCGCACGUUUAUUAUCGCAUCAUGAAAGUCGAUGAAUUUCAAAGGAAUUGCUGCUGAAAGGAAAUUAAUUUGUUUUUUUUUUAUUUAUAUGUGCGUAUUUUAGUAUUAGAACCUUAUCGCAAUCUUGUAAUUAAUGUUUUUUUCUUUUUUGUAUUUUCACCUCAGCACCUCAGACAGAAUGCAUUCUCAAGUGCGAACAUGGACCAAAAAUGUGGACAUAUUUGAAAAGGAUUUUGUAGUUGUACCUAUUAAUGAAAGGUGCGUUAGAAGGAGAAAAAGAAAAACAGAACUGGAAAUGAUUUUAGCCGCAUGUACAACAAACAUAAAAACAUUAUCAACACACCAGUUAGAGGGUAGCUUAGUAAUAGAUUGCAGAGAAGCCAUGGACCUAUUAAAUUUUAAACGCUUAUUGAAUAAAGAACUACGCUAAGAUAAUGCAAGCGGUAGUAAGUGGCAAGUCGUCCGCAAAAUAAAUUUGAUCUUUGAUUAAAGGGAGUAUUUUGGCUAUAUGGAUGGAUGUUGUGAAGAGUGAACUUGAGUUUCAUUUUACCUCAACAGCUCACAUUGGUACUUAGCGGUGAUCUGUUUUCCUGGGAAGGAUGGCCAAACUCUUGUCAAUGAAAUCAAUGAUGAAGACGAUGGGAGUGACUCAAAGGUACUUGUUUCUUUUAACAACCUUUCUGAUGGACGCCAAGUAGUCCGAAAUUAAAAUGUGUCUUUUCAGUUAAUUACGAAAUUCAUGUUGAAAAACAAACAAAAAAACAAACAAUUUUAGGAGAUCUUAAACUGUUCGAGUUCAGUUUUGUAUUAAACCAAUAAUGCCGCACUGCAUAUCCUACAAAGGACCUAACUGUUAGCGCGCUGGACCCUGGGUCGGGAGGUCUGGGUUCGAACCUUGGCCAGGCCAUUGUGCUCUGUUUACGGGUAAGACUCUCACAGCACCUCAUUUGGUAGAAAUAGGUAUUGGUGGACUGUUAGAGAAAAUAGAAUGGACAAAAUGUUGAGUGGUGAUGCUCUUAGUCGUGUUAUGUUAUAGACCUAUGACAGUUGUGCGAGGAAGUAGACUUUUCCCUUCACAAUAGUAAAAAACAAAAUUGAAUGAAAAUGUUCCACUUCAGAAUGAAGACCACGAUAUUAAAACUGGGGAAGAAGCAAAAAAUGGUCGCGAUAACGAUGACGAUGUUUUUCUGCUCCGCUCUCCAUUUGCAAAGGACCGGAAGAAAUCACCCAAACAAAACCAGAGUAAAAGCUUGUCGAAACAGAUCAUCACAUCGCGGUAAGUUCUGUUUUAUUGGGGCAUUUGAUUCAGAUUACCUCUUCCAUGUGGUCAAAUUUUAGAAAAUACAGAAAUCGAUCUAGCCGGAACAUUUAAGCUCAUUUUGGACUUUGACGCAAACGGGUUCCAAUGCUCCGUGUUUUGCUUUCUCGGCGUGAAACUGGGAAAUCCUAACGCCAAAGACAAUUUAUCUUAUCUUUUUCCACAAAUAGGUAAAGAAAAGCAACCGAAGUUCACUAAAUUUUGUAGAUGGAAAGUUCUCUUAUUGCAUAUCAUUGAAAAGUUUUUUUUUUCGUUGUAUCUCUCUUUUUUUCAGACCUUGUAUACUAGUUUUUGACUCCUUGGGAUUGACGAGAUCAAGGUGUCUCUUUAAUCUCAGAAAGUAAGUGUUUACUAUAAACGUAUAAAAAAAUUGUUAUUUCUGUUUAUUUUUAACCGGCGAACUUUCUUUGGACUACCUACAUUGAGCGGGAAACAGACUAGCGCACGUGGCACAUGGCGGGAAAACGGCACCGAUCACCCGUAGUUAUGUUUAUCUCAGUAGAUCAACCUCUGUGAAGAUUUUCGCAGUGAACCUGACGUUUUAACCAACAUUUUUUUUCUUCACAGUUACCUUCAGUGUGAGUGGAGAGAACGAAAGAAAGAACCUAAAACUAAGUCUUUCGACAAGGAUGCAGUGAAAGGGAACCACCCAAAGGUAGCAAUUUAUUCAUUCAUCUAUUUAUUUGUUUUGUUGCUGAUUAUGGUCAAUUACGAAAAUUUCUGUCGUAAUGUUUUUGUAGGAAGAUUCUAGUUCUGCCCAAACUGUCAAUCGAACGAUCAUCCAUUGAAAAUGGUAAAACAACUGGUGUCUAACUGGUACGAUUAUAUUUUGUGUACUCUGAUCUUUUCUGUACGUAUUUGUCAGGUUCCCGGUCAGGAUAACCAUUUUGACUGCGGUGUUUACGUGUGUCAAUACGUGGAGAGCUUUUUCACGGUAAUAGUUGCUUUGUUGAUUAAUAAUUAUUCACUGGAAUUAAAGCAAGCUUCCUUUCUGUUUACCCAAGUCUCCAGUACUUCAUUUUCCAGGCCUGAAAAGUCACGGACUUUGAAUAGACUUCAUAGAAGGUCAUAAGUUCAGCAAGUUCUGGAUGUUUAUUCGUUUGUUUGUUUUAAUUGUAAUACAUCAGUAGAAACAAAAGGAAUUACAUAUACAUAAAAUAUAAUAGAAUAGAAUUGAAAAUUUAACAUUUGGUGAGGAAACCCGCAGAGAAACCAAGAGGCUUAAGCGAGCUACAGGCUCUUCAUAUUUUCUAAAAUUGAAGGAUCAGUCAUAUGGCGUGAUUUAGGUACAAAUAUUUUAGGCUAAAAAAGGAAAAAACCCACACACAAAACAACAGCAGACACGUAAACAAACAUAUAAUUAAGGAACUUGAGAAGAGUAAGAAAAAAGAAAGCAAGAAGGGAGCCAGCUUUGGAGUAAUAUUCGCAAUUUAAUAAUAAUGACGAUAAUAAUAAUAAUAAUAAUUACUUUAUUUAUCCUGAUUUAAAGACCGGUUAGUAAAUCAAUAGUGAUUGACUGGUAUCGAUCGGAUACCAAUAAAAAAUACAUAAAAGUCAAUAAAAAAUAAAAGGCAUUAAGUUUACAAUUGAAUAACAAGAUCUUUUUAAGAAUUAUUGAAUAAAAUCUACGUUUAACUUGUACAAAUGUGAUUGGGGCUGUCCAUGUUCGCCAGGUAAGUAAAUGUUUUGCCCUUAAACUGUGCAAGUGUUGUGAGCUCACGUAUGUCUCUUGGCAGUUUGUUCCAAGCACUCGCAGCUGAGAAUUUAAACAAGGUCUGUCCACAUUUAGUCUUAACGUGUGGUAGAUCGAAUAAAGUUGAAUCUCUGAAGGAUCGAUAAUGUCUUUGUGAUCGUUUUAUUAAGUAAACUAACCUAAAUUUAGACUUAAACAGAGAAAGUGUGCUAACAUUUGGGGUUUCAAUUUUAGGAGAAUUGAAAAAUUUAGAAGUGGCGUUGGAAAGUCGGAAAUAGUGCGUGCCCUGUGUCGUUGUGAACUUCUUUUAUAACAACUUUAUUUUUUGACCUUCUCAGGAUCCAAUCACAGACUUCUCACUGCCGAUAAAGAAACCAGACUGGUUCUCUUCAAUCCAAGAUAAAAGAGAGGAGAUACGGAAACUUAUAUACACUCUGAAAACUAGUGCAGAGGUCGACAAUGUAACAUAA